AACUUUCGUUUAUUUGGACCAGAAACAUAUUGAGUUGCGACGCGGUUCCGGUGUUGUGUCAGAGAUUGAGAGUUUCGGACCAGAGGGUGAGAGAGAAGCGAUUCGGUUUUGGACGGUGACUGGUUCAAAGAAACGGCAGGGUAACCAAGUGACAGCAAUGUCUUUUAUAUUUGACUGGAUCUAUAAAGGUUUCAGCAGUGUGCUCCAACUUUUAGGUUUGUACAAGAAAUCUGGAAAAUUAGUUUUCCUUGGUUUAGAUAAUGCUGGCAAGACAACGUUGCUACAUAUGCUAAAAGAUGACAGAUUGGGGCAACAUGUUCCCACACUACAUCCGACGUCAGAGGAGUUGACAAUUGCUGGAAUGACUUUCACCACGUUUGAUCUUGGUGGACACGCACAGGCACGAAGGGUUUGGAAGAAUUACCUGCCAGCUAUAAAUGGAAUUGUCUUCCUAGUGGACUGUGCAGAUUUGUUACGCCUUGCUGAAUCUAAAGUUGAGCUUGACGCACUGUUGACAGAUGAGACCAUUUCAAAUGUGCCAAUCCUUAUUCUGGGCAACAAGAUUGACCGGGCAGAAGCAAUUAGUGAAGAGAAACUCCGGGAACUAUUUGGGCUAUAUGGUCAAACAUCAGGAAAGGGCAAUGUGCCAUUAAAGGAAAUGAAUGCAAGGCCUAUGGAGGUAUUCAUGUGCAGUGUGCUGAAGAAACAGGGAUAUGGUGAAGGCUUUCGUUGGCUUUCACAGUACAUUGACUGAUCUCUUUACACAUUGUAUCAUUUUGGACUGAGAUGGUUCCUGACUUCGCCAAUUUUUGUACAAGGACAUGAAAAAAUAUACUUUUACCCAAAUCGGAAGAUGUUAAACUUUUGAUAUAUAUAUAUUACCCAUUUUAAAAUGUUACCAGUACUCAAAUAGCUACCUGUUUUGCUCUGAUCUGCUGCAAUAUAUUUGCAACACAAUUUAAAGUCUCAGAGUAUUUUCAGCUUCUACUUUAGUAUUGGUCAGAUGCUUUUUGAAGUCUUUUAUUUAGAGUUUUUUUUUUUUUUUUAAUUCUUCAUAAACCAUUUAUCCAAUGUAAACAGUGUUCCUUCUGAUGCUGCGUAACAUUUGUUAAUUUGACAUAACAUUUUGAAACAUUAUUUCAGUUUUUAUUAAAAUAAGUCCAGUUUUCUGGUAAACCAGUGCAAGGAGGUCGGGACAGGAUGCUAUGACCAGGUCAAAGUUGCAGAAGCUUGUAAAUACACAUGCUUAAAAUGAAUGCAUGCAUUAUUAAUGAACGGACUGUUUUUGAAUUUUGUAAUAGCAUGUGUAUUUACAACCUGUGUUAGUUAAACUGUUUAAAAAAUAAAAUAAAAAUGACAUUAUGUAGAUCAUGGUGAUUGGUUAGUCCUUAAUUAGAACAUUGUCACUUUAAUCUUUAUAAUAAGUAUUUAAUUCUUAAUCAUAUUACCUGGAAAUUUGGUAGCAAUAAAUAAUGCCUUCUGUCUGGUUGAACAAACCUCCUCCCCCCAAAAAAAUUAACCCGCCCAAACGGCUUAAAGAAAAAGGAGUUCUCCUGCAUCUGUCUCUUCCCUGCAGAUGUGUUUUUACCCUUGCAUGACAACAAAACCUUAAUAAGCCAAUUUUGAGAGCUGGGAGUACUGUUGAAUGGUCAUAAAGUGGAAAGGGUUUGAAGUGAAUCAGGCUGUACUCUUGCUUUGUAUUGACAGAUCCUAGCAGAAGUUGUUAAACAUUCAUGUUUCACAGAUGUGCUUUGUUUUUUGCAUUACCGAUGCUAUAAAAUAUUGAAUAAAAAGUCAAUAGGCUUUUUUCUAUUGUUGCUAGUCAAGGUACAGUUGGCGUCUUUAAACCUUAUCCUGUUUUGUGUGGAAGGAUCAUUUUACCCGUUAUUUUUAGAUGAUGUGUUUAAAGAGUGAAAUGUGUUUUUGUUUUUUUUAAAAAUCAGUGCAGUAUGACCAGCACUGGUUAUAUUUACCUUCUGCUUUAUUUACACUAAGUUUACAUGCUUUUAUUUUUGCAGCAUACUAAGGGUAAUUGGUGAGAGGGGGGUUGUUUUAUUUUUCAUGUAAACUAGCUAAACUAUUGUAUGUACUGUACAUGUUAAUGUAGAUAAAGAAUGUUGCCUUUGUAGGGCAACUAUUUGAUAUUUGCAUACAGUUCACUAACCCAUAUUCAACAGAGUUAGUUGGGGUGUGGUAAGUAUUUUUUGAAUAUGAACUACCAUCAACCUAUGAGUUGCUUCUGGUAGUAUGAGAAUUCUUAUGGCAUACCAUACGAGACUCAACAACCAUAGCUUUAUGUGUGCCCUAAGAGCAACUAUCAUAUUCCAUGCAUUUUUUUGCAAUUUUGUAAAUGCUUACUAAAUAAUGACUUGGAUUUCAGUAUUUCUAAUGUCUUUGUAUUACUGAUCCCGUCCGCUGAACUUAUAAUAUACUGUGACCAGCAUGCCACUUAGGAAACGUGGUUUCAGCUUUUGUAGGGUUAUUCAAGAACUUAAUGUGUGGGUUAGUCAGCCCCAAUAAAAUACCUAUUGAUGAGUCAGUCCACCCAAAAACAUUAACACAUGUUUUUUACUAUUACAACUAUCUUGUUAAAAGUUUUAAGCACACUGUAUUGAAGAAAAUGUGUUUCUAGAAUAGUCAUCUAGUGUUUUGAUGCACUGUCCAAUGAAUGGAACAUGUUUGUGUAUGCAAUGAUUUAGUGCUGGAUCAUACCACAUAAUUUACCACGACUCUCAACAAUUGUGGAAGACCACAUCUUAUCUUCCAGAUCAGAAACAGACAGGACGGAAUUCCCACUUGGAUCCUAAUACAUCUUGCAUUCAUUAAUUUUGUAAUGUGAAUCCUUGUUGAGUUAUUUCUGUUUGUGUCGUUUUCUAAAUAUAAUUAAAAAAUAAAAUAUGGUAUUAA